AAACAGCUUCAUCUACAUCAUGGAUAUGGGGAAGAUUUUAUUGGUUGCUCUUUCAUUAGCUCUGCUUUUGGGGCUUGCCAAGAGCUUUGACUUCCAAGAGGAGGACUUGGCUUCAGAAGAGAGACUCUGGGACUUGUAUGAGAGGUGGAGGAGCCACCACACCGUUUCUCAGGACCUGCAGGAGAAGCAUAAGCGUUUCAAUGUGUUCAAGGAGAAUGUGAAGCAUGUUCACAAGGUGAACAAUAUGAAUAAGCCGUACAAGCUGAAACUGAAUAAGUUUGCGGAUAUGACCAACCAUGAGUUUGCAAGCUCCUAUGCCGGUUCAAAGGUUAGCCACUACAGGAUGUUCCGAGGUAGCCGACGAGGGACCGGCAGUUUCAUGCAUGAGAAGACCGACAAUCUUCCAUCCUCUGUUGAUUGGAGGAAACAAGGAGCAGUCACGGGUGUCAAGGACCAAGGCAAAUGUGGCAACUGCUGGGCAUUUUCAAGUGUAGUUGCAGUGGAGGGCAUCAACAAAAUCAAAACAAACGAGUUAGUCUCCCUGUCAGAGCAAGAGCUGGUUGAUUGCGAUACUGAAGAUCAAGGUUGUGAUGGAGGAUUCAUGGAAAAUGCAUUUGAAUUCAUUAAGCAAACUGGUGGGUUGACAGCAGAGAAGAAUUACCCCUACCAAGCCCUAGGUGGGUCAUGUGACUCAUCCAAGAUGAAUUCUCCAUUGGUGCAAAUUGAUGGACAUGAGAGUGUUCCGGAAAAUGAUGAAAAUGCCUUGAUGAAAGCUGUUGCAAACCAGCCUGUAUCUGUUGCAAUUGAUGCUGGUGGCAAGGAUUUUCAAUUCUACUCGGAGGGAGUAUUCAACGGAGAUUGUGGCACAGAGCUGAAUCACGGGGUGGCGAUUGUGGGCUAUGGAGCAACUCAGGAUGGAACGAAUUACUGGAUAGUGAAGAACUCCUGGGGACCCGAAUGGGGAGAGAAGGGUUACUUCAGGGUGCAACGUGGAGUUGAUGCAGAAGAGGGACUGUGUGGUAUAGCCAUGGAGGCCUCUUACCCCAUCAAAACUUCCUCAACCAACACCAAAAGAACCUCCUUCAACGAUGAGCUCUGAGCGUCGUCAUUCAUGUUUCAGUAGAUUCUGUAGCCAAGCUUGUGGUCUGGUUUGUUUGUCGACACAGGAA